AUGUCUGUAAAUGCAGUCAAUUCGAAGUUUAUAGCGUCGUCAUCAUCUACAGUUCAAGUGACUGAGAAAGUUCUAGCGUCUUGUAGACCAGCAAAAUUGUUUGAUUACCAUCAAGGUGCUACAAUCUCUUCACUUGAUUUCGAUGACUCUGGGCAAUACUUGAUUUCUUCGGGAAUUGACAAAUCUAUUCAACUAUACGACUGUCAUAAAGGUGUACAUAAGGGAGAUAUACAAUCUCAGAAAUAUGGCGCGCAUUCUGCUAGGUUUACCCAUUCGGAUUUAAAUUGUUUGUACGCAUCAACACCAACCGAACCACAGGAAAAUGAGCAUGCCAUAAGAUACCUUUCGCUAUCAAAUAAUCAAUACUUACGAUAUUUCAAAGGUCACAAACGACAAGUUAGUUCAAUUGAAGUGAACCCGAUUCAUGACACAUUUAUAAGUUCGAGUUUUGACGGAACUGUAAAAUUAUGGGACUUGAAAAGUUCAUCUCCAACAGGAAAUAUUGAAGUUGGACAAAAUUCCGUGGUUGGAUUUGACCCGCAAGGUGUUGUUUUUGCAAUUGGGAAAUAUCCUGGUGCUGAAUCUUCAACGGGAAUAUUGAGCAUCUAUGAUUUAAAAAGCUUCGACAAGGGACCAUUUUUACAAGUGGAAAUACCAACUUUACAAGGACAACUUUGGAAUAGCAUAGAAUUUUCCAACAAUGGGAAACAUAUAUUAAUUUCAACCGAUUCAUGCCAACAUUAUAUUGUUGACUCGUUCCUGGGUCAUGUACAAGCAAUAAUUCAAUUAGCCAGCCCAACUCCUAAUAAGUGGAUGUCGUUUAAGUAUCCAUACACUGGAUGUUGCACUUUCUCACCGUGUGGGAAAUUUGUUCUCGCAGGUAGUCCUAAGUCUGUUGUCCACAUUUUUGAUAUCAGCAAUUUGAAAUCUGCUAAAGGUGCACCAACGGAUCCAGUAAUACUCACCAAUUCGAUUACUAAGUUGAAUAGUACGACCGGGAUUCCAAAAAUCUUAGCGUUCAAUCCAAAGUUGUUGACUUUUGCAACAGCAGAUACAACCGUGACUCUUUGGCUGCCAAGUGGGUAA